UUGCGCAUGCUUAACCAGACGUGGCAGCAGCCGCUCGUUCUUCCAGCGCGAGCGGGAGCCGGAGCUUGAAGCCGGAGGUAGCUUGGGUUAUGGCUCAGCCGGGGCGCAGCUUCAGUGGGGCUCCGGUCUGCGGAGGGAGAAUGCUGCUGCUGCUGCUGUUUUCUCUCUUGGCUAUCUUUCCAGCAUGUGUGUUACCAUCAAAGAUAUCGCCUCUGAUAGAAAAAAUUAGUGAUCAGAAGGACUUCAAGAAGCUGUUGAGAACACGAAAUAAUGUGUUGGUGCUAUAUUCCAAAUCUGCGGUAGCUGCUGACAGUUCGCUCAGGUUAUUAUCUGAUGUAGCCCAAGCUGUGAAAGGCCGUGGUACUAUAACAUGGAUAGAUUGCGGUGAUUCAGAAAGCCGAAAACUAUGCAAGAAGAUGAAGGUUGAUCCUGGUUUGAAAGAGAAAGGGAUAGAAUUACUACACUACAAAGAUGGUGCAUUUCACACUGAAUAUAACAGAGCAUUUACACUGAAGUCACUGGUUGCCUUUCUAAAGGAUCCUGAAGGAGCUCCAUUGUGGGAGGAAGAUCCUGAAGCCAAAGAUGUUGCCCAUAUUGACAGUGAAAAGGAACUGAAAAGACUUCUUAAGAAAGAAGAUAAACCUGUUCUGCUGAUGUUCUAUGCUCCUUGGUGUGGAGUUUGCAAAAGAAUGAUGCCAGCUUUCCAACAAGCAUCCACCGAACUGAAGGGCAUGUAUGUACUUGCAGGGAUGAAUGUCUACUCAUCUGAAUUCGAAAAAAUAAAAGAAGAAUACAAUGUCCGGGGAUAUCCAACAAUAUGCUACUUUGAAAAGGGGAAAUUCCUGUUUAAUUUUGAAAACUAUGGUGCCUACAGCAAGGACAUUGGAGAAUGGCUGCAAAACCCUCAGCCACCUAAGCCACAGGCUCCUGAGACGCCUUGGUCAGAAGAGGAAAAUGCUGUUUUUCACCUAACAGAUGAUGACUUUGACAAGUUUAUCAAGGAUCAUUCUUCUGUAUUGGUGAUGUUCUAUGCACCGUGGUGUGGACAUUGUAAGAAAAUGAAGCCGGAAUAUGAGAAAGCCGCAGAGAUGCUCCAUGCAGACAGUGAUAAACCAGGUGUUUUGGCAGCAGUAGAUGCAACUGUCAACAAAGCUGUGGCAGAAAAAUUUCACAUAUCAGGAUUUCCAACUGUCAAGUUCUUUCAGGAUGGAGAAGAGAAAUACACCUUGCCUCAUCUCCGCACGAAGAGUAAAAUUGUGGAAUGGCUGUUAAAUCCUCAGGCACCUCCUCCACCUGAACCAACUUGGGAAGAAAAGCAAACAAGUGUUAUCCAUCUUGCAGGUGAAGACUUCCGAGAAUUUUUGAAGAAAAAGAAGCACUCACUCGUAAUGUUUUAUGCUCCAUGGUGUCCACAUUGUAAGAACUCAAUUCCACAUUUCACAACAGCAGCAGAACUCUUUAAAGAAGAUCGUAAGAUUGCCUAUGCUGCAGUGGAUUGUGCCAAAGAACAAAACCGUGACUUGUGUAAGCAGGAAGGAGUGGAUGGAUAUCCAACCUUUAACUAUUAUAAUUAUGGAAAAUUUAUAGAAAAAUACAAUGGAGACAGAGUGGAAUCUGGAUUUUCAGUUUACAUGCGAACUCUCCGAGAGCGAGAUCAUGAGAAGAUAGGGAAGAAGAAAGAUGAAUUGUAACUUCUGCCUCAAAAAGAAACAAGAAAAAAAAAACACAAUUCCACUGCACUGUGAAGGGUCUCAGGGUCACUGGUACAAGGCCUGAGAUGAUACAUCUUUUAAAGAACAGACUUUGCUUUUAUAGACCGCCAUUGCCAUUUUCUACAACUUUGAAAAUAAAUUAAAAUCAUUCUUUUUUCUUUUUAAAGAAAAAUACUGUCAUUGUUGCCAUAUUCUGUUAUGGAGAAGAACAAAAGAAGAGCAUUUUCUUGCUAUUCAGUGCACCUAUGCCCAUCGAUACUCCUAUGCAAUCUUUUUGUAAUCUGUAGGUUUGAUAGUGAUUUCCUCUGACAAAGUAAUCUUUGCGUGUGUUUUUCUUUUAAUUUUGAAAAGAGAUUUAUGAGAAAUGGCUUUUAAAAAUGGGAGGGGGGGAAAUAAAAGAAGAUGCAAAAAUAUUCAUCAGAUACAAGUUCAAUUAGGGGAAGUAGAGGAAGUAGAGCAUGCUGGUACACUCGGAGGCCUCAGCCCAACGGUUUGUCAAGGGCAGUUUUACAGGGCACGUGUGCCUGGCACUUAUUUCAGGACCCAUUUUGGGAUAAAGGGGCACUUUCAGUCCAGGGCAGUGGUAGAAUUCACUUACCUUUGCUAUGUGAGCAUGUGCAGAAGGUCGCACAUUACAUUGGGGCAGGUGGGCGGAGUCUCCAACAGCCGCCACUACUGGUUCACCCAAGCCUGUAAGAACCGGCCGAAUACCACCUCUGGUCCAGAGAUUCCAUGUUCUGCACAGUGUCACUUUGUGUAGUUGAUGGGACAUCAGCAAGAACAAGGCACCAUGGCAGGAUUGAUACAAUUUAGGGGCUACAGGAGGGAGAAUAACUUUUCCCGCCAUCAGCGGAUAUAUUUCUAGCCACGUUCAAUUUUGCCAAAUGUACAGCAUGUCAGCUUACGAUUAGGAUGUCCUCUUGCCAUCUUGCAAAGAUUAUGCUUCUUCUCCCCCUCUCCCCACCCCCCACCCCGAUUAAUGUGGGAGAGUCAUUUUUAAGAUGCUCAGGGAUAAUAGGAAAUAAUGAAGCAUUGGGCCAUUUCAGAUCUUAAUUGACUGUAGUGGUGUUUUACUUUUCCUCCUCUUCUUUUUGUAAUAUGCCGUACCUGAAUUGUUUACAUAUCUUUAUAGAAUGUAUGAUUGAUUAAAAUCAAUGUCUCUGCAGCAGCACACAUCAAGUAUGAAAGCGACUCUUGGUGUAUGUGUUGACAUUCAUGUUGUCAGAUGCUCCUUUAGGUGUAGUGCAGGUAGAAGCUUCUAUUUAAUUUAUGACAACAACUGAGUCUUUGCUAAGCAUUCCACCUGACUGUUUGACAGAGGCAUUGAUAUUUUUGAUAGGCAGAACCGUCAUGCAACUAUAUGUAUUUAUGUUCCAAAGGCUUGUCUGUAUGUGGAUAUUAAAAGAAACAUAACUUUUUAAGAGCUCUAUAGAAACAGGUCAUACUUUUUUAAAGAACAACAACAACACAACACUUGUCUGGCCCUGUCAGCAGUGUAAAGAAAAUACAGCAUUAUAACCAGCUUUUACAGGUCCGUAAUUGUGUGCUGAUUCUGUGAAGGUGAUCUGGACAAUCUGUCUUUAUGGAUUUAUGAUUAUUAUUUUUGUGAUUUUUUUGAAUUGGAUCCAAAAAUAAAAUGAUUGGAAAUAUGCAA